GAGAGAAAAAAAAAAGAAAAUGUCAAAAUAGUAGAGUAACAAGUAAAUAGUAAUGAUGGGAAGCUGAAUAUAACUGGAAACCGCUCGAUAAAUUAGUGUCAAAAAUAAUUGUAUUAUUAUAUUAUGGAGCAUUGUGCGCAACAGAUCGUGUAAUAAGGUUCACAUUAUAUUCUAAUGGAAACAGAAGUCAGUCAAAUCACAACAAAUCUCUCAGAAAUGCCGCCUGUAGAAAGGACAUCCGAAACUUCUCAUCUAGUUCCUCCAAAUAAUACGCCGAAGCCGAGUUAUUUGAACCUUGUCAGUAACAUAUGUGCAUUGAUUUUUACGGGAAUAAUACUUUAUUGUUGUUUCAAGGAUGGAGCAAGUCUUUUCUCGUUCCAUCCCACGUUAAUGGCUCUAGGGUGGCUGAUUCUGAUGACUUCUGCUAUCAAUGCUGUCACACCGGGAGAUUUAGCUACAGAAUGGAUGCCAAUCAGGCUUCGAAGUGCUCGCCACUGGGUCCUUCAAUUACUAGCAGGUCUUAUCAUUCUUGUUGGGUUUCUUGUAAUUCUUACGAAUAAAUUUAUAAACAACAAGUAUCAUUUUAUAACUCUUCAUGCUAAAUUUGGUUUGGCUGCUUUAGUAUUUGUAUGCUUUACAAGUUUUGGUGGUCUAGGUGCGCUUUAUAGUCUUAAACUGAAAGAUUAUCUGGCUCCUAUCUACAUAAAAUUACUCCAUGCAUCAGUUGGUCUGGUAACAUUUUGUUUGGGUACAAUAACAAUCAUACUUGGAACUUUCUCAAAGUGGUGGUCUUUUGGAGAAGUUUUAAGAUACACAAGUCUGGUGUUAGUUCUCAUCAUAAUGAUCUUGACAGUAUUACGUCCAUGUCUAAAGGUUUAUUUCCGUUUGAAGGAAAGGCUUGGUUACUCAAAUAAUUAACUUUAAAUGCAAUUGAAUAUUAUGAAAUAUAUUAUGCUUUGUGUGCAGAGCGAUCAAUGUCCACACAAAUACCUAGUGUUGUAGCGAAGAUUUAAUAUUUUCCAUGUAUUAAAUGUGACAUUUUCUAUUAUUGAACCUAUAUAAUAUGUAGCAACUGGCAAGGCACAAUUUUUUAAUGAAUAUUUUACAUUAAUUGCAAAGAAAAAUUAUAAUUUUGAAUUUAAUGUUGCUUAAUCUGAUUCCAUCUAUUAUAUCUCUUUAUGCAUAACAAUAUGUCACAAGAACUUUAUUUUGAUAACUAUGUGGUUUACCUAAAAUUCUGAUUGCACUCUACAAAGUUUUUCAGAUUUAGAAUAUUUUAUAUAUAAAUUUACAUGUAUGGAAUAUUUGCUCUUAAAGUUUUCGAAUUUUAAUUUAUUUAGGUAUUAAUUUUAUAAUACAUGCACAAACUAAUCAUUCCAAUAGAUUAAUCUUAAUAAAAAUUCUCUAUUUUCUAUAAAUACAAUCUUAGUAGGUACAUACUAAUAUAUUAUCAUAUUGCAUAAUAUAUUAUUUUUAAAAAGACUGGAAAGAUGAAAAAAAUAAAUUGCCUCCUUGAGAUCUGACCAAUCAUUACAAAUAAAAUUACAUAAUAAAGGCAAUGAUAAAAUCAAUAAAAUACCUAUUAUAUUUGCCUUAUCACAUUCUUAUCUGAAGCUUUACCAUACUGCAGCAGUCUAUCAUCAAUUAUUUAUUAUUGUCAUGAUGACUGAUGACCUUAAGUCCCAGAUGAUAUUACAAUAUUCUGUUAGAUAAUGACACUAAUUUUAUUAUUAAGAUUUAAGUACUAAAAUGAAAAAUACAAAAUUGCAGUAAAAUAUGUUAAACAAAUGAACAAUGAACAUAUUGUUUAUAUAUUAAUGAAGCUUAGAUUGUAUGGUUGAUGUAACCAUCUAGAGUUCUAAACCAUAAUUUAAACAAAAAAUCUUUCAUUAUAGCAUUUUUUAAGUUUGCUCAAUUUCUCAAAUAAAAAUAGGUAUAAAUGAACUAUGUACCUAUACCUAAACCAAAUAAGUAAUGUUUUAUCAAAUUAAGUUUUUAUCAAUUUUACAGUUUCUACUUGUGUUAAAUUGUAAUGUAAAAAUUAAUUACACUUAACUAUUUUACUUUGUACCUAAUAAUAUAUUAAAUGUAUAGUUAUAGUAGUUACACUUAUACAUAAAAAUAUAAAAUAAAGAUUGCAUUAUAUUGAAGUACCUAACAUAAUAGGUAAAUAUUUUAUUGAUGUGCUAGGUGGUAGGGCUUACAUAGCUCUUAUUUUAUUAGAGAAAUUUUAUUGAAUUGUUAGAAUUAGAAAAUAUAAGUAGGUAUUUCUGAAUCAACAUCGAUUUUGCAUGAAUGCCAUAUACAUACAUAUACCUAAAUUAUUCAAAAAGUUAAUUAUUGAUUUUUAACCGUCUUAUUUUUUCAUAGCUGUAUUUGGUCGAUUUUAACUGAUCCUGGUGCUUCAUGUAUUUUUAUUUUAUUGUCACUGCUAUACUAAUUUUUUUAUAAAAGCAAUGUGAUUUAUAUUUUUGUUUUUUUAGUAGGUAAUAAUCUAUAGUAAUGUUUUAAAGAGAGGGUAGGUAUUUAGGUUUUAUAUGUAGAGGGUAAUAUCCGGAAUCAUUGCAUGUAUUUGAAAAAUUCUUUCAUCAUUUGAAUGGAACAUUUUUCCUGAUGGACAUAGGAUAAAUAUUAUGUAUAGUUCAACCCGGGCGAAGUCAGAGUUGACUGCUAGUUAAUUACAAUAGAGAAAUAUUUAAAUGUGCGUGCAGUGUUGUUGUAUUCCAAAACCAAAGCAUAUUUUUUGUAUAUUCUUGUUUAAAAUAAUACAUUGAUUCAUAUGAUCACUGAAAAAAAGGUAUUUUUCUCACAUAAUUUUGUGGUGUACAAUAAAAAUAGAUAAGUUAUUUUUGUAAGUGAAAGUAUAUUUUUUAUGACCAAAAUAUAAUAUAAUACAUAUUAUUAUUAUUGCAUAAAGUUGCAACUGUAUUCUGUCCUGCCUAUUCUUGAACGGUUUUAUUCAUAAUAUAUAAGUUAAGAAUAAGUAAAUAUUAUUUUUAAAAUGUGCCAAAUCUUGUCAUUAUUCAUCUCUAAUAAUAAGGAACGUGUCCCGAUUUUAACUAAUACCUACUUUUUAAACUCGAAAAGUAUCUAAUACUAAUGUAAUAAUAAGUGUCUAUUUAUGAAAAUGUUUUACCUACAUUUCAAGGAAUAUUUUUUUUUACUCAUUACUUAAACACUUAGAUGCAUAAUAUCAAUAAAAUCUGCGUCUUCCUAAGCUAGGAUGGCGCCCGGAGGCCCGGAGCGCUUAUGACCGCCAAGCCACGGUUCACUUGCUGCCAAGUACCGAAAUUUGAGAUAUUAUGUGUAUUUUCAUUCUUCAUUCAGUAUCAACUGAAGUGACCGUUAAAAUUAAUUUAUUAAAAUAUGUAGGUAGGUACCUAUAUAAUACUGUAUCUAAUGUCAGAGAGUUAUGUAUUGUAAUCACAAUAGCAUGUUCAUUUACCUAUCUUUAAAGGCUUGCUCUAAUUUAAUACUGUUAAUCAGUCUUGAUUAUUAGUUAUUAUUGUCUGUUUUUAACAUAAUCAUGUGUUAUGUGUUUAUUGUAUGUCAUGCACCACAUAAUAUUAAAUUAAAUGCCUAUUUGUACCUUAAGUAAAUUAUUGUCUACUAAAAUUAUAAUCAUACAAAUAAAAUAUAUUGUAUUGAAUUAAUAAAGAAUGCAAGCAUA